AUGAUACUGCCGUCCGUUAUCUCGUUCGUUUUCCUCGUUGUCCUGGCCAGUGUUGAAGCAGCGUUUCAUAAUGUUACCAUUCCAAGUAAACCAACGUUCAAGGCCGGUAUGUCAGCUUAUAAAAUGAGUGUUGGCGAGGUCACCGAGGACAUCUCGCUGAUGUCCUUCGGCUUCGACGUUCCUGCUGAGAACCCCGUCAUUCUCUACAAAUUUACCGAAUUCUCUUUGCCCUCGUCUAACUUUAAUGAACGCGAAUUUUGCGCAAAAAUCGAGUGUAGACUUGAAGAUAGGCAAGGGAAUCUGAUAAACGAAAUCAAGGCAUCGUGCCAGGACAUUCAAAAUCCCGACCUCUUCGGACCCGUGGUCGCUGUCCCAGGCGCAACCAACGUCACCUGCACCCUCAUCUGGCCUUUCCCUCAAGACAAGAGUGGCGUGGCGGACACCCUUCGAAUGGCCUUCGUCUCCGCAUACUACGGUUUUUGUGAGGAGAUCCACGUUCUGGCGAACUCCUCCUGGUGCGAUGUCAACGUGACCGGCCUCGUCAAUGCGGACUACGAGCCGCUUCACCAGCUCCUGUGUAUGGACAAGUCGGUUGCCCUCGAGACCUUCAAUUCCUCGUGCUACGUGCCGCCGUCAGGCAUGUCAUCCCAAAAGUACCUCGCCAUUCUCAUCUCCCUCGUCUCUCUCUCGGUCUUGGCCGUGCUCUUUUCAAUCGGGUUUUCGGUGCUGUGCAUCGCGUCGAAGCGCAGACGCCAGAAAAUUGCCUCGAAGGAACACGAGCCAGGAAACGCUCCCCUGGUUGACAAGAACGGCGCCAACGGCAACAACGAUGAGGCGAAUGUGCAAGCUUAG